GGCGGCAUUUUAAAAUUUAAUAUUUGAAGAAAAAUGUGAUUACUUUUUUUAUUCCUCCAUCAUAUUUACCAACUCCCCAAAUACAAUAAUAUAACCAUUGUUCUUCCUCCCUUGAUCCUAGGAUUCUAAGUCCGCAUUGCCCACCGAUAUUCGGAAUUAAACGAGAAAAUUUUGAAGAAGUGGAAGAAAGGAUCCAUCCAUGGCUGAAGAGCAAAAGCUUCAGAUGGAAAGAGAAGAAGUUGCCGUUCAUGGUGACCUACUUGAAGCUAUUUUCUGUCACGUCCCUCUUGUUCACCUCCUGCCUGCCUGUGACGUCUCUAAAUUCUGGAACCGCGCCGUUUCCUCUUCUCUCCGCCACUUCAACCGCCCCAAGCCGUGGUUCAUCGUCCAUACUCAGCGCUCACGGCCUCCUUACGCCAUCGCUACUUAUGCCUACGACCCGCGCUCCAACCUCUGGCUUAAAAUCCACCACCAAACCCCGAUUCAACACGUCUCCAACCUCCGCUCCGCCCACUCAACCCUCCUUUACAUGCUUUCCCCCUCCAAGUUUUCUUUCUCCUUUGACCCGCUACAUCUUAAGUGGCACAGCGUGGACCCACCUCGUGUCUGGCGCACUGACCCUAUAGUCGCUGUGUUGGGUCACCACGUCGUUGUUGCCGGCGGCGCCUUUGACUUCGAGGACGAUCCCCUGGCGGUGGAGGUCUACAACCUCAAGACUCGAAGUUGGGACACGUGCCAGUCCAUGCCCGCCGCACUGAGACACUCGGCAGCCCCCACCUGGCUCUCAACCGCCGCGAAUGAAAAUAAGAUGCUCGUGAUGGAGAAAUCAUCCGGUGUCGGGUACUCCUUCGAUCCCAAUUCCAAGAUCUGGUAUGGACCGUAUGAUCUUCGUCCUGAUGGGGGUAUUUACUCUUCCGUCAUCGGAUUUUGCGGGGACCGAUUGAUUCUGGUGGGUUUAGUCGGGGAGCCAGAGAAAGUGACGGAUGUGAAAUUAUGGGAAUUUUCCGGCGAAGAAUUGGAGUUUCGUGAGCAGAUCGGGGUGAUGCCGGAGGGGAUGCUGAAGAAGAUGAUAGGAGAGGGGAUGCGGGUGAGCUCUAUAGGUAUGUGUUCGACCGGCGAUUUUCUAUUCCUUCACAAUCCUGAGGAUCCCGCGGAGGUGGUGGUGUGUGAGAUCGUCGGUGAAGGUGCCUACCAGUGGCGGAGCGUAAAGAAUGCGGUGGAUAGUGACGAAAGUAGACUGGCAGAAAGAGUGAUUUUUACGUGCUCCGCCGUGGGGUUGGGCGAUAUGCGCCGGGCAUUCGGGUCCGAGAGACGGAGCUUCACAGUUCUAAACCGUUGAUGGUGAUUACUACUGUUGGUGCUCCCGUCAUUCAUCAUCAUUUGCUACAUCAUCUCUUCUUUUUUUUUUCUCUUUUUUUUAACAAUUUUUUAGAACUCCUUUUGUACAGACAAUUUCUUAUUUCUUUGUCUUAAAAUAAUAAUAAUUGUCAUGAUUUUUU